AUGGAUUUUUUCGUUAAUUUUAUUUAUACUAAACAGUUUUCAGUUGAAAACUGGUUCCAAACUUCGUCCAAGAUGUGUUGUGCGGGGAGUAAUAAAAAACAUUUUUUUCUUCAAUUGAUAAUGGCUUGGUGGCUUUUACACGAGUUUCAAGUUUUUUGGAGGCUUUUUGAGGAAAAAAGAUGA